AUGGGUUUAGCUGCUCCCCGAAAGAAAACCAAGAUCUCUCAUGAUCCCAAUAAUACGCAAUGGUCCCGAUCUACGACGGGCUUCGGCCAUCGAAUUAUGAGCUCUCAGGGCUGGACCCCAGGUGGUCGCUUAGGGGCUCGGGAUGCUGCGCAUGCUGAUCUGUUGACCGCCGCUAGCCACUCCCAUAUCAAAGUGACGAUUAAGGAUGAUACACUGGGAUUGGGCGCGCGUGUCGGGCGUGAGUCCGAGCCGACCGGCUUAGACGCUUUCAAAGGACUACUUGGUCGAUUGAACGGCAAGUCCGAUGGAGAGUUGAAGCAGGAACAGCGCAAGAGAGACGAUGUGAAAUUGGCCCGAUAUGUCGCCCUGAAAUUCCCCGAGGUUCGCUUUGUUCGUGGUGGACUUUUGGCUCAGGAGAAAGUUGAAUCCCUGCCUACCCCGAAGCCUCAGGAGAGUCAGAAGAAUUCCGAAUCGAACAGAAGCGAUCGUGAAGAGGACACUUCGUCCAGCGACUCGUCAACCGAAGUCCGAAAGUCGAAAUCCAAGUCCAAGUCCAAGUCCAAGUCUAAAUCGAAAUCUUCGAAGAAGUCUCGCUCAAGUACCGAUGACGAUGAGGACUCUUCCUCGAUCCCCGAUUCGAAGAAGAAGAAGAAGAAGUCCAAGAAGAGAAAGGCAGAUGCGGAUGAAAUCACCUCAACCAAAGAGACGGAUGCACCUCAACAGGAGUCUCAAGCUGCUAUAUUCAGCUUGGAAAAGACCACAGUUAUACGAGAGCGGCGGCCAAUGGCUCGACAGGCAUUCCGAAGCCGACAUAUUGCACAGAAGAAAAGAGCGCUUAUGGACGAUAAAUCCCUCAACGAGAUUUUCAUGGUGAAGGCGAAAGCAUAA